GUAAAGGUUUUACUGUCGUAAAUACUCACAUGGAGACUUCAUGGAUACUGUUGAGUUUUCUCGACAUUAUUCUACUUUAAAUUUAGUUUUUCGGCAGAUCUAGCAAACUUGUUGACCUAUUUUUUCCUUCUUCGGUGUUGAAAAAAAAUACGCUUUCCUGAAAAUAAGCAACACUCCAUCACUCCGGGUGAUUUCACCGGGUGUGUGUGUAUUUAUGUGUGUGUGAUAGAGUGAGUGAGUGAGUGAGUGAGUGUGUGUAACAGUGUGCACCAUGUUCGUGUUGGUGGAGAUGGUGGACACUGUCAGGAUCCCUCCGUGGAACUUCCAGAGGCAACUCAACGACGCCAUAGCAGAGGAGCUCAACAAGAAACUGGCCAACAAGGUGGUCUACAACGUCGGUCUCUGCGUCUGCCUGUACGACAUCACUAAACUGGACGACUCCUAUAUCUUUCCAGGAGACGGAGCCUCACACACCAAAGUUAACUUUAGGUAUGUUGUUUUUCACCCUUUCCUCGAUGAAAUCCUACUCGGCAAAAUCAAGUAUUGCAGCCAAGAAGGAGUUCACGUGACAAUGGGCUUCUUCGACGACAUCCUCAUUCCUCCAGAGUCUCUUCAACAGCCAGCAAAAUUUGACGAAGCGGAGCAGGUCUGGCUCUGGGAAUACGAGACGGACGAGGGGGCCCACGACCUCUACAUGGACCAGGGGGAGGACAUCCGUUUCCGGGUGACAGAUGAAAUGUUUGUGGACACGUCGCCAACGGGACCGGCCGCCGCAGAAACACCAGCACAACCCGGACAGUCGACGGCGCCGCCAGCAGAGGAGGUCGUGGAGAAGAAAGAGGCGCCGUACACUCUGAUCGGGACCAUCUGUGACCCGGGGCUGGGGCUGCUGUCCUGGUGGAACAGUUAGCACUGCAGAGGAAGAGGAGGAGGGUGAAGAUGUAUUGUUUUACGAACAGAUCGAACAUUAUAACGGACCGAAAAGACAAGGAGCGGUGAGCCGGAGACACGAUACCCAGGAGUUUGGGUACAGAAGUAAAGACAUGAAGUCAAACGCUCUCUGAACCAAGACACUGUUGGUGUGAGAGACGGAUGUCCCUCUGAGACAGUGUGUUGUAAAUACCGCCCUCAACACACCACCUCCAUGUUUACAUGUAAACCUGAGCAUAGAUCUGAAAACACAAUGAUUUGUCAUGCGUUUACAGUCAUUCUGGUAUAUUUAAAGGGAAGUUCUGACCCCAAAUGCAAAUGAAAUAAGUAAUUUGGUAUUAGGAUUAUAAUGUCCUCAGCACUUAACCAGGUAUUCUGACUUUAAAGGGUUAAAGCAGGUGAUGUUGAGCACUUAACAGCAUGUCCGGGAUGAUAAAUGUGCCUAAAGCUGUGAGUCACAAGACAAUUAAUUAUUCCUUUGUAUCGUCAAGAUCCACAAAAACAAUUCAAGAAUAAAACACAUUUUCUUAGUGGGAUUAACGUUGUUCAAGAUUAAAAUACUUACUUUUGAUUUGAAAUGUCACCUUUCUAUCCUCAGUGUAUUUAACAGCCUUGUGAUAUUUAGUGUUUUUCACUUUCACAGUAAAAGGACGUAUCAUCAGA